CAAAGAUGGCUGCAGGUACGAUCUUGUUGAGCUGAAUUGUAAUGUAUCGUUAAUUACGCUAAACAGAACUUAUUGUGGAAAUUUCAGUGGUAGCGCUAUAUAAAAUGGAUAAAGAAUCUCUUUUUUCCUUGGAAGUUGUGGUGGAAAAGUUGUAUAUCCCCCACACAACAUGUCGUUUUCCAUCUGUGGUAUUCAGACUUUUGGAUUUUCCAAACAUUCUUAUUGAACAUGUGGAAGAGGAUUUAGCCAGAAACAUCAAGUACAAAAUAACGAGGGAUCCUUACUUCAAAGUUCCAGAUCAAUUUGCAGAGCUAAAGGAUAAACAUGGCAAUUUCAUGAUAAGGAAAGGAAAAUCUUGUUUGUUCAAAGUUUCACCUGAUACAUUAAAAAUCCAUUUAAGUAAUACACCAUUGUAUGUCAUGGUUGUUGAUAGCUUUGAGAAAGUACCUAAAUUGAUUGGAAACAGUACCUUACCACUGGACGAUGUGAUGAAUCAAAUUGUUGAUGAUAUAAAGCACAAUGGAAACACAGUUCCAUCUGUGCAUGGUGACAAGGGAUUAUUCAAAAUCUACAGUUUAAUGGGAAAAGACAUUGGGUACAUGGUGCUAGGUUUCAGACUCCUUAGUCUUGGACCUGGGCUAAUACCACACAUUCCAGACUCUGCUAUUGCCAAGCAAGAAAGCAACAUUAUUACUGUGAAACCUACUAUGGAGGCUGUUAUAAAAACUCCAAAGGAAGUGCCUGUGAGGGAGAAAAAUGAAAGUCUUAUUGAAACACAUGAAAUGGGGUCUAUGACAGAACCAGAAAAACAGGAUGUAAUGUUACAAACCCUGGAUAUGAUGGACAAAGAAAUAUAUGUAGCUAUUUCAGAGCCAAAAGUGGCAUCAAAAACAGAGGACAAAAAGGAAGUUCAAACCAUGUCAACUCAAACUCAAAAAAGCAGGAUAUAUAACAAAAGAAAAAACAGAGAAAAAAAUGCUCUAGAUAUAGAGAUUGAGAGUGAUGAUGAUGAAGUCAUAUUUACCAAUAUUGUUCAACCACCAGCCCUAUUUUACAACAGUGAAAAUGAACCAAAAGUGAAAAUCCACAGACAGUAUCUAUAUGAUGAUGAUGAAUCCAGCGUUUACUCUGAUGAGCUCAGAUUAGAGGACUUGUCAGAUGGCGAGAAAGAUAAAGUUGAUAAAGAACCUAUAAAGCCACCCCCAAAAAUUAGUCAAGUUGCAAAUGUUGGACUUGAACCUAUUAGGAUACAAAAUCCAGCAACUGACCAGAUUGGAAUGAAUAUUUUGAAGGAUUAUGCGAGCAAAAUGCCAAAUGGACCACUUUUCCCUAUACUAACAGCCUUGUUGAAAGAACUCUCAAGCUUGCAGGAUCCUCAGUUUGUGCAACAAACAGUGCAACAAGUUCAGGUAGCAACACAGCACAGACAGGACCCAGUAAGAAGUGUAGACAUCAAAGAAAAACAAGUGCAGCCAGAAAAAGAGAAAUUCCCUGCACCAAAACCACAAUCAAUGACAAAAGUAUUCAGAUCACAAGCAAGUGAGGAAAACAUUCAGCCAGUUGAGAGCAAACUUGAAAAGCAGAAGAGUAAUUUGUCAAAGAAAGAAAGCACAGAUGUUGCAGGGAAGAAAUCACGUGGCUGGAUAAGAAAAGCUCCAGAAACAAGUGUGAAAAAAUCUAAAUUGUCCUAUGGACUGACCAAUACACAACGCUUGAGGCUGGCAAAGACAAAUCCAGCAUGGUUAAAAAAUAUUGAAAAAGAAGAGGCAGAAAUAAAGGCUGCUAAAGAAAAGCCAGUUGUGAAACCAAACAUUGAAGAAGAUUUUCCUACUGCUGAUAUGUCUGACACACUUACAGAAGUUAGACGCCUUGCACAGAAAAAUCUCAAUGCUGAUGACACUCUAGCUCAGAGUGACCUUUCCACAAUGAGGUCAACUGGGAGACUGAAAUCCUCCAGAAAAUCACGAAAAUACAGCCCAGGGAGAAAGAGAAGUAAGUCUCCAAAGCAGAAGGACAUACGAAAAAGUGAGAAGUCAAAGUCAGCAGAACGCAGAGUUAAACGCAGUGAGUCAUCCCCACAUGCUGAUGAUGAAGGAUCAGAAUCAGAUGGUGAUGCUCCAAGCAUGCCCAGUCAGAAGAGUAUCGAGGUACGAAUCCCAAGUGUGCAGUUUCAAUAUGAAAGUGAUUACACAUUCAAUGAAAGUGACAAUGCUAAAGAAGAAAAACAUCCACAGAGUCUAUUCCCUGGAUUUGCUGACCAUAAUGCAUCCCUCCCAGAAUCAAUAGAUGGAAAUGUGAAUGAUUCUUUGAAUGAUAAAGAAGAUAUGGAUUCACCUUUGGAAUCAACCAGAAAUGAGAAACCAUUUGAAAACCUGAGGAAAGCUGGCAGUGGUAUAAGAUCAACAGAUGAUUUUGAUACAGGUACACAGUUCCAAUCGACUGAAGAGCCAGAGCUGCAACGUCUCAUGAGUUCAGGGGAGGAAGUGUCUGAUGUUUUAUCAAGCAAUCCCACAGAUCAGUCCAAGUCUCCUGGUCCAUAUGGCAAAGAACCAGCAAAUUCAAAGUUUGCCGUGUUAAAUCCCAAAUCCUCUCUGCAGUCUCCCAUUCCUGCUUUGCGUAGAUCCCAUGCAAAAUUGGAGAGAUCUGCCCCCAUGUCUCCAAGCAGGACUCCUAGAUCUCCCUCCCCUGCACUCACAAACAGCUCUAAAUUCCCCACUCCCAGACCCAGAAAAUUGGCCAGGGAACGGAGAAUGGACUUUAAACAGGAAUCUUUAAAUACUGAAUCUGUCAGUUCCUACUUUCCCUCUGAUGGAGAGGGAGGGGGGACAGAUGAUGAUGCACCAAGCCGUCUAUCAACUCCAGACAUUAAUGUGAAAAGAUAUGUGCCUUCUACCAAACUAGGAUAUACUAUUUACUAGUACAAAUGUCAUUAUUUCUUGAUGACAUAGUGAUCUUUGUAAAAAUAAAAAUAAAAUUAAAAAUGAAUAUUAGAAUUAUACAAGUCUGUAUCAGAUUUUGUAGAAUAAACUACCUGUACAUGAAUGUAUAUGGACUGUUAUCAAUGCUUUAAAAAUAAGAAUCGGUAAAUGUAAAAUUUGAUAACAGGUUUUUGACAGUUGUGCAUAUAGAAUGUAUAUUGUCUAGAAUUCCUGAUACAUGCCUUUACUAAUUAUACAUUAUACUUUAUAAACCAGAGGGAUUC